AUGACGGGAUCAAUACAUAAACACAAUCGUCAACAUACUUCAGCAAAAGGUUGUUCAAAAAUGGUUAAAUCUCAUGACUCUCAAUUUCGUCAAUCGUUAUCUACUGAUUCAACUGAAUUAAUGAAUCAUGAUGAUCAACACAAAAAAAAAUUAUUUUAUAGAUGGGAAAAUAAACAAGUUGACAAUGAUUCAGCUAAGAAAGAAAGUAAACAACAACUGAAACAUAUUUCUGUGCCAAAACUCAAUGAUAAUGAAGAUAAAUCAUUAAUUAAAGCAUUCGUUCUUAAUCAUAAUAAAGUUAGUUCUGAACAUGAAAUUCAACAUGAAUCGCAGCUUGCACUUAUGAAGGACGAUCUCCAACUUGCAAAGAACAUUCCGGAUCAUAUGAAAAAAGAUUUUUGUUCGGAUACAAAGGUUGCAUUCCAUGCUGAAUUUGUCCGACUUAUUUCAGGUCCAUUGUUAUUAUGUUAUAAUGUUAAUUAUAAACUUUUUUCUGACGAAGAAUUCAUCAGUUUAUCAUAUAUGAAUUUAAAUUUUCAAUAUUGCAAACUUGACAAUGCUAAAGCACAAUUCAAAUGUCCGAAUACAUGUUGUAAACAUACAUGGACAUCAGCACGAGCUCGAAUUUCAUUUUUACUUAGUUCGCAAGAUAUUGGAUUUAUUGUACUUAAAAUUUUUGGACAACAUUGUCUACGUUGUGGUACAUAUGUUCAUGCUCUUUGGUAUAUUGAUGAAGUUUGUCGAGUCAUGAAAAAUUUAGCUAAGUUAUUUUUUGAAAUCUAUUUUCCCGAUAUGAUAAACAAUGUCGAUUUUGGAAAUCAAGAAUUCAUACAAAAUGAUACAACACGAUCUCGUCAAAUACGCCAUGAUCCUGCUCAAAGAAAAGGAAAAAUGUUGGCACCACAUGCUAAAGAAUAUUGCGAAGCAUGUCGACACGGCUUAUGUUUCACCUAA